GACACAAUCAUAAUGAACAAGAGUUAGUGGGUCUGUAAAACUGACUUAGACCUCUCUCGACCUACUUGGGGGGCCUGUAAACAUUCUGCGACAUGUAAAUGUAGUAGCUGACUACUCAUGUUAAAAAGCUAGAAGUGACAGAAUCAACCGUAUAGACUACAACGUUGACAAUAAGAAAUGUCGUCCUCCUCCACAGAAGCAAGUGACGUUAUCAUUCGCCCGGCUACAGGAGCAGACCUGGAAGAGCUGUUUGCUUUGACCAUUGAAAUUGGUUGGAUUGUUUCCAAAGAGCUGUUUACCGCCCUGUUUAACAUUGUGGAAGACGGCCACUAUGUUGUCGCUGAUCUACAUGGGAAAAUAAUCGGUUCACGAUUCGUCAUCAUUUUGGACGAGAGGACGGCCAUGUUUGACUUCCUGAUUGUGGCCAAAGAACACAGAGGAAAAGGAAUAGCGAAGAAAAUAGCAGAGGCCACCCUGAAGAUUGCUGGGGACAGAAAUAUAGUAGUUUGGGCACUUCCUGAACGAGUUGAGCCGAACUUGAAGGUCGGCAUGAAGAACGGGGGCGGGAACUUGUACCGCUGUGACUGCCGCCUGGAUGUGGGGACCUUGUACGUUGACAAGCAACAAGAGACGGCUUCAGUGAAGGUUGUUCCCACGAGUGAAGUCGACUUCGAGGCCUUACUCGCCUAUGAUACUUCUGUCAACGUGUUUCAGCGGAGAAAAUUUUUAAAAGUUUGGCUGGCGAAGCCAUCAGCCGUUUCUUUCGCUGCUCUCACAGAUGGCGGUGAGGUCGUGGGAUACGGUCAGGUGCAAGACGCGCCAGAAGCUUAUUCCAUAUCACCGCUUUAUGCUGAUAACCCGACUGCGUUUGUGCUGCUACUGAAAGCACUCAUAGAAUCGAUUCCAAAAGAUUCUAAGGUUUCUAUGAUCAUAAACGUCGACUAUACUCCUUGGAAUGAGAUUAAGGAAAGGAACAAAGACGUAGUUAAUUUUAUAAAGGAUAAACCAAUCCAAAUGAUGUACACUAAAGAAAAUUUGAUAUUACCCAAAUUUGGGAGCGUUUUUGCAUUAGCUUGUACUGGAGCCUUUCCAGUAUGAUAGACUUUACAUGUACAAGGACCUACUUAGGCUGUUCUUUGCGUAUUUAGGUAUACUGAAUGCGUCCUGUGUAAUUAUGGACCAGGAAUGCUGAUAUAAUACUCAAAGAUGAGCGAGAUUAACAGAAUCUCUUUAUACAUGUUAGUAGUUGCGUUUCAGAAUUAUGUACAAAAUUGUUCUGUUAAGGGUAUUUUAUCAGCAGUGUAUCUGUGGUGCGACAGAGAGGCCACGUGAUCAUUGCGUUACUUAAAUUCGUCUCCGCCCCUGCGAAAAUUUGC